GAAACGGCUCACGGAGCCUUCGACACACAUUCUAGCCAUGGACGCAGAUUCACAAAGACUGCGUGCAAAGGUUGCGGCACUGAACGGCUCCAUGGAUGACCUAGAGACUCAGCUAGAACCAUUGCUGGCUCAAACACUGCCCGAGUCCUUGGUCGGGCUGGAGACGAUCCAACAAGCAAAGCUUCAGGUCGCGUUACCGUAUCUCGUGUAUGAUCUCAUCUUCAUCUAUCUCAAGACAAGGGGCAUCGACCCGAAGACGCAUCCUGUUAUAUCCGAGUUGGACCGCAUAAGGCAGUAUUUUGACAAGAUAAAGAAUGCGGAAGACCCUCAGAAGAGAACGGCCACUGUAGACAAGGCGGCGGCGAACCGCUUCAUCAAACACGCUAUUGCGCAAGUGAAGACGCAACGGCCACCAGGAGACGAAGAGGGUCCUUCCCACAUUCGCUUCUCCCAGAAUGGCGAGUCGACUAAGGUGCCUGUAAAGGUGACGACCAAGAUGGCUGCACGGGCGCAAUAUGAGAAGGAGCUCGCGGAGGCGGAGAGCGAGGAAGAGGAAGAGGAGGGAUUGGAAGUCAUUGACGACGAUGAAGCAGCAAGUAGCAUGGAUGUGGAUCCUGACACGACCAGCAAGGGCAAGGCCAAGGGCAAGGGCAAGGCCAUUGUCACUGAGGAUACUGAGGCGUCGCUGUCUGGACGCAAACGAAGACGACCAGCUAUGGACCCCUUUGCUGGUUACGGAGAUGAACAGCCAUCCCCUGGGGUGCAGGGGGCCAAGAAGGUGAAGCCGUCGAUAGAGGAUGUGAAGAUGAGUGAUAGCACCCCACCAGACAGCGGUCGCAGUACACCUCUCUCAAGCUCCGAAGCGGCGAAGAAGUCCAAGAGAGCUGAAAAGAAGGCGCGAAAGAAGGCGCAGCGGAAAGAGUCUAUAGGUUGACCAGCGGCACAGCUUCGAGGGCACUCUUUUAGUCCUCACCACACCUGCCAGCCGCCUCGCAGACAUCUGUAUGAAUGGUUCUGGACAUCAUGCACAAAAUCAUCGUUCCGUCUCAUGAGUAGUUACAUCUGAUAAGUAU